AUGGCGACGACCGGCGAGGGCGAGCCCCCCGCCCUGUUCUUCGGCGCGCCUGUCGCAGCGGCGAGCCUCGCCGAGCAGAGGAGGACCGCCAGAGGAUCAGGCGAGGAGGCGGAUCUGCCGAGCCCUCCCGGCCAGAGAGUCUGCCGAGAGCUGCCUGUCGUCGACGAGCGCCAGAGGAUCCCGUACUGCGCGGGCCCGAGCCAUUUCGGCAGCGAGCCAGCUGGGCCCACGCGCCCGGAGGAGGCGCCCGCCUGGGCCCGCCCCAGUCACGCCGGGAGGUCGCUGUCGGCGAGGAGGGGCAGGUGA